AACAUAGCUGCAAGCAGCGAUGGCGGGCUCAAGCCAUCAGUGCAAUGCCACCCCGGUGGCAUCAGUUCGAGCUCAAGGCCGUGGGGAAGCAGAUUCGCGACCUGGAGGUGAGGCAGGCCCAGCUGAGAGAGCAGAGAGCCGCGCUGGAAUCAUCCCGGGCUGACGCUCACAAGUCCGGGGUAAGUAUACAGCGUGCUGCUAACAGUCCCACCACGUCUACUCCGUGUGUUUCUCUGCACAGGCCCAGUGCACCCAGGACAUGAUCUUCCCAGAUGUCCUUCACUCCGACGCCGGGACACCACGGACCCUGGGUGCAUCCACAGCGGAGGACGCGAGCCGGGUCCCGGGCGACGACUUCUCCCCCUCCUGCCUUCGAGAUCUCCAUCCGGAACCGCUUCGCUCCCCUCCGCGAGACAGGACGCGACGCUGUGAUCAUCGGAGACCCCAUCGUCCGACACGUCCGUGCUACAUUAGCCGAAGGUAAAGUGCACACUCAUUGUUUGCCUGGUGCUCAUGUUCUCGAUGUUUCUGUGCAGAUACCCCCGACCCUGAAGGCCGACGAGAGCCCCAGAGCGGUCGUGCUUCACGCCGGGGUUAACGACACCACGCUGCAGCAGACGGAGACGCUGAAGAGGGACUUCAGCAGCCUGAUCGAGACGGUUCGCAGCACGACGCCCGCGGCGACGAUCGUCGUGUCAGGACCACUGCCCACGUAUCGACGAGGACACGAAAGGUUCAGUAGACUUUUUGCUUUAAAUGAAUGGUUGUUGUCAUGGUGUAAAGAACAGAAACUGCUAUUUGUUAAUAACUGGAAUCUUUUCUGGGAGCGUCCUAGGCUGUUUCGCGCUGAUGGAUUACACCCCAGCAGAAUCGGAGCGGAGCUGCUUUCUGACAAAAUCUCCAGGACACUUCGCUCCAUGUGACUAGUAAGACAAUUCUCAGAUAACUAUUAUGAUGAGUUUUGUUCCACCCGCUUAAAUGAUAAAAGUACUUGCGCUGUAAAAAUUAUUAAGACUGUGUCUGU